CCCUCCCGCUCCCUCCCACCCCUAUUGUUGGAGUGAAGAUGGAGUCAAACCUCUCCCGGCUCCCUCCCGGCGGGGUCUAAGCUGGGGUUUUUUGUUGGUUGUUUUUUUUCUCUCUCUUUUUUUUUUGGCCGGUCUGAUCCCCUCAAAGCUGGCCGAGGAGGAGGAGGGAGGAGGCGGUAACAGCCACAACUCGGAAUUUGCAAGCGAGUGUCGGGAUGGGGUCUGUUUCCAACCAGCAGUUUGCAGGUGAGAAGCCGGGCGAGGAGCCCGUCGGAGACUCGCCCAAGGCAGAGAACGAGUCCCAGCCCCUGCACGGCUCCGGCAUCUGCAAGUGGUUCAACGUCCGCAUGGGCUUCGGCUUCCUCUCCAUGACCGCCAAGGGCGGCGCAACCCUGGACUCGCCCGUCGAUGUCUUCGUGCACCAGAGCAAGCUCCACAUGGAAGGUUUCCGCAGCCUGAAGGAGGGAGAAGCUGUCGAGUUCACCUUCAAGAAGUCAUCCAAAGGUUUGGAGUCCAUCCGGGUGACCGGCCCAGGGGGCGUCUUCUGCAUCGGCAGCGAGAGGAGACCCAAGGGCAAGAGCCUGCAGAAACGCAGAUCGAAAGGAGACCGAUGCUACAACUGUGGGGGGCUGGACCACCACGCCAAGGAGUGCAAGCUCCCGCCGCAGCCCAAGAAAUGUCACUUCUGCCAGAGCAUCAGCCACAUGGUCGCCAACUGCCCCGCGAAAGCACAGCAGUCCCCCAGCUCCCAGGGCAAACCCGCCUACUUCCGAGAGGAGGAGGACAUGCACGGCUCGGCCCUGCUCCCCGAAACCCGGGAAUGAUGGUGGGUGACAGGGAGGGGGGGGCGUCCACCGGGAUGAAAAGGCUUUGGCAAGGCAACGGGCAGGCCGGGAGGGCAGGGUGAAGGGCUCGGGGAGGGAGCGUGGCAGCACUAACAGUGGGGACCCGGCGUUGGGACAGAAAGGUCCUGCCGCAGUGUCCCUGCAUGGAGCUCAUCCCAUGUCCCCAGCGUGCGAAAAGCCCUGCUUUAAUUGGGAUGGCUCCUUCCAAAAGUAGGAGGAGGCAGCACACAACACACCUUAAAAAAAUACUCACAUUUGAUUAUUUUCCAAAACGAAGCCAGUAAUGUCUCUGGGAGGAAGAGCGGAGAAGCAGCACCUCUGGGAUUCGCUUAUGGAUCCUUGUUCUCCUGAGGUUCAAACAGGCUCCGGCACAGCCUGGGUGAGCUGCGGGGACCCGCUCGGAGCCCGUCCCGGCCCUCUGUGCCCCACGGAGCGGGGACGAGAGGGACAAGGGGGGCAGGCUGGCUGCAGAGCACCGGGGAGACGCCCGUGGGCCGGCCCCACGGGUCCCUCUGCUCCUCGCAGCUUCUCACUUGCAGGUCGGUGCGAGGAUUCGCAGGUUUUUUCUGUGGUCGCUCCAUUGCUGAAAGCAGCAAAGCCCAGGUUUGGAAGAACACGGGGCAUCUCUCAGGGCUGGGCUAACGCUUCAGGGCUGCGAGCCGAGGCUUGGGGAGAUCAGGUCAAAAGAAAACCACUUUAUUUUUAAAAUGUUUUUCCCCUAAGGCUUCUCAAGUGCCAGCCCAGAGAGACCAAGGUGUUUCCUGCAGCCAGCUCUUCCCUUCUACAGCUUCUCCUGCCUCCGAAACGCGGAGCCGGGGAGCGCGAGGGCAUCACGAGCAGAAAUGCUCUUGGUUGAGCCUUGGGAGCUGGACACGGGGCAGAACCGGCUCCCGGGGGUGUUGCUGGCAGCGUUUCCCACCCGGGGCUCACGCAGAUCCAGACUCCCCAGGUCUGCAGAUCAAACCCACGCAGGACAAAGAGCAUGCACGUUUCUGUUCCUCCUGCCCAUCCCACGCUCCAGAACCGUCCCCAGGGGCACAAAAAGAGGGUCCCUAGGGCGUUAGCAGCUGCUGCCCUCCCUCCCCACCAGCCCCCCAAGUCUUGCCUUUAUUUAUUGGCCCCGGUGACAGCCCUUCUCCGGGGCAGCCCCCCCGCCCGUGCCGAAGCCAAGGCCAAGUGAAACCUGCACUAGGACGUGCGUGAAUGACGUAUCUUUGGGUUUAUUUGUUGUCUUUGUUUUGUUUUCUUUUUCUUUUUUAUUUUUUUUUUUAAUAUAAAUAUUCUGGGUUUGUAUUUUUGUAUAUUUUAAUCUUUAAGGAAAAAAAGAAAAAAAGAGAGAGAGAAAGGACAUAAUUCCUGCAACUUAUUCUCAGGUAUUCGAGCAAUCUCAGGGAUAAAAUGCCUCUGUAGCCCAGUGCUGGACAGAGAGGAGGGUUUUUCUAACAGCACAAAGAUGUGACAAAGUUUGUAUUGGAAGCGUAGAUCUACCUCACUGGAUGUUCUCUAGGUGGACUGACGUGUCAUCAGGCUUUUCAGUUGUGGUUUUUGGUAUGUUUGGGCUUUGUUCUCUUUUAAUCUGUAUUUUAAUAGUCUCUUUCCCUUCUCCACUGGACUGAGGAGGAGUCUGGGUCUGUAGACCCGUGUGCGGGGAGGGAGAAGCCAGGCGGUGCCACGGGGCAGGGGACAGCUGCUAGAGCCCACAUCGGCUCCCCAGAAUCCAGAUCCGCUCCCAGCCCGGUGGCUUUCGAGGACUGUCCUCCAUUUCUCUCUCCUGCUCACGCUCCCACGUCCCCUGCCCACCGUCCCGGUGGGAACGCUCCAGUCUGCCCCGUGUGCCCCAUCACUGGGAUGUCACACGGGCUGUGGUCGGGAAGCCAGGAUGGGGGUCCCAGCCCCUUCAGGGGGACACGGCAAGAGCCGAGGUUGUUGGGAGGCUGAGGGUCACCCUCAGUCCCUGUCCUCUGGCAAGGGGACCCUCUGGGAUAAGGGAUCCGGCGCCAAGAUGGACCCAAGUCCAAGGGAGGUGCAGCUGCUUCAUCUUUCUCCUCCCUUCCUGGCCUUUUCCCCCCAAAUGUCAGCUGGGAAACUCUGAAUCCCUGCUUUUGGGGCAUUAACACCCCAACACUCCACUUUGCAUCCCCAGGGGGCCGGCUGGAGCCCUCCCGAGGAGACGUGUCGGGACGUGGGCACGGCCUCUGCUGGUUUUUAGGUAGCGAUAGCUUUAGAUGUAGAGCAGGGCUGGAACAGACGGGGAGCAUCAUCUCCAUCCUCACCAACGGGCAUCACCGGGGGGGGAUUUUUGAGGAUGCUGGAGCCCCGUGACCCCUCUGGGGCUUCUCUCUGUCCCACGAGACGUGGUUUUGGGGGAUGGAGAGCGGCUCCCCCGCCACCUUCCCGCCCUGCUCCGGUAGUUUUUAGGUGAGGUGGUGGUCUCUUCUUGGGAGGGAGGGGGGAAAGACUUUUUAGUUCUCGUCUAGAGACGGGAACCUAUACAAAACUGCUUCAGGAAAACGGCUUUUUGCCUGAUCGGGGUAAAUGCAAUAGAGCGUCUAAGCCUGGGCCUCGGUCCCGCUGCUGUGUUGCGGGGGGGCUGUUGGCCUUUCCCUGGUGCCUCAGUUGUGCUGGGAAACUGCUGCCCCCCCUAAUUCUUGUAUCUGUCUUGAAGAAUCAUGUAGGACCUUCCCCCCCUCUCACCCCCAGUUUAAUGGCUUGGUGAUUUCAUUUGUUUUCUGCUAGAUGUCUAGUGUGUGUAAAUACCUCUGUAAAUCUUUCCAGUUUCUCUCAGUAUUCUCCUUGAUUAUUGUUUACAAAAGUAAGAGGAAAAAAAAGGAAAAAAAGAUUAAAAAUAGCCAAAGCAUCUAAUAGGUUAUGGACCAGGGAGACGGGAUCUUCUCUGGGUACUCUGCCUUGCAACUCAGUGUGGGGAUACGAGCUCUGUAACCAUCGCUGUCCUAGGUAAAGCAAAUGGCUUAGAGAAUCACUCAGGUGUCCCCGGGGCCAGCGUGGACCCGGGAUCCAAGAAAACAGGGAUUUUUGUCUGUAAAGGGAAGCCACCACAUUGGAGAAGAUGGGAUUGACUCACAUCUUCUUGUUGCAUUUGCCACUGUGGUUCUUCCCGUGUCUUGCCAAUAAUUAAUUAAACUGCUGCAUCAUCACCCACCCUGCCCAUGCUCGGCGCUGGGCACUAUGCAUUACGGGACGGUGCAUCGCGGGCGGACGAGGCCGCUCAGGGUGCUGCUGUGGGGCGGGAGGGUUUGAAUGUAUAAGGAAAAGCCGCGUGUCUCUCAUGAGGGGGCGUCUGCCCCGGCGCGAAAGCCUGGAGUCACAGGAUUGUGUACGAGGAGACGGAAGAAUGUAAUCCAUGUUUACUGCUAGCAACCAAAGCUUGUGUGUGUCAAACUCGGGGAAUCUUUAUGAAGUGGGUGGGAGGGAGGGAAGAACUGGGGGGGUGUGUGUGGCUCGGGGGUUACCCCGAGUUGUGCGUCCCAAAGAGAUUUGUCUGCGGGAGUCGCUGCGGUGAGACCCCCAGUUCCUGUUCCUGCAGGCUUUCCCCCCCCCCUUUAUUAUUAUUUUUUUUUAAUUUGUUUUUGUACCAACUAUGUAAAAUGUGAUUGUUGGCUUUUAUUUUCUUUUCUGGAAAAACAAAAAAAAAUAAAGACCAUUGGCAAUGGCUGCUGGUGA